AUCAGAAACCAAAACAUUGCUAAAAUUUGGAGUCAGUGUGAGCAAUACUGUCAUGUGAAUACAAUUGUCAGAAAGAAAUCAAGGAAUGUUUAUUUAAUUAAGGAGAAUUUGAUAUUUACUUUUUGUUUUUAUUGUUGUUGACAUUGGCGUCUCUCAUUUUCCAGGAUAUAUUCAGUGUGAGACAUUCAAAUACAACAUCAAAAUGUCUGUAUCCUCCAUGGAAAAGCAUCUCUUCAACCUGAAAUUUGCUGCGAAAGAAAUGGAGAGGAAUUCAAAACGAUGCGAAAAGGAGGAGAAGGCUGAAAAGGUGAAAUUAAAAAAGGCAAUUCAAAAGAAUAACAUGGAAGGGGCUAGAAUUCAUACUGAAAAUGCCAUUAGGCAGAAAAAUCAGGCUCUGAAUUAUCUACGAAUGGCAUCCAGGGUAGAUGCGGUGGCAAGUCGUGUCCAGACAGCUGUCACAACCAAGAAGGUCACCCAGUCCAUGGCAGGUGUUGUCAAGAACAUGGAGGCUGCCAUGAAAAGCAUGAACUUAGAAAAGAUCUCUGCUUUGAUGGACAGAUUCGAGAAACAGUUUGAGGACCUGGACGUACAGUCGUCAUACAUGGAGAACACAAUGAGUUCCACAACCACAGUUACUGUUCCGCAAAAUGAUGUGGAUCAUCUCAUGCGGCAAGUCGCAGAUGAGGCUGGACUUGAACUUGACAUGGAACUGCCUAGGGGAGAAACAGGCUCCAUAGCUUCAACUACUGUUUCUGCAGAGCAGGAUGAAUUGACACAACGAUUAGCAAAGUUAAGACAGUCAUGAGAGAUGUCUGGAAAAGCUCUCUAUUGUAUACAUUUUGAAAGAUGUACAAAAGGCCGAUUUUUUCUUAAAUCUUGCACCUUUUCCCGCAUAGAUCAUGUUCCAAACAGAAUUGUUUUUGUUCAUUUUUAGUAUAAAGACUGUAUAAAUUUGUAUGAAAAAUAAAUGCUUAUUUUAAA